AUGGAGAACGGGCACCACAGCACGUCCGAUGAGGAGCGGCCGCUGCCGCUGCCGCCGCGGUCGUCGCCGGAGUCCGAUGAAGGCACGAAGAAGAGAAAGCUCGGAGGCAUUAAAACAAUGCCCUUCAUAUUAGGAAACGAAAUAUGCGACAAGUUCGCAGCCACCGGGUUCCACGCGAACAUGAUAACGUACCUAACCCAAGUCCUCAACUUACCAAUGGUGAAGGCCUCCAACAUUCUAACCAACUUCGGCGGCACCGCCGGCUUCACCCCUCUCAUCGGCGCCCUCAUCGCCGACUCCUUCGCCGGACGCUUCUGGACCAUCAUCGUCGCCUCUCUCAUAUACGAAUUGGGCAUGAUAAGCAUCACCACAUCCGCCACGCUCCCAUCCCUCCGGCCACCGGCCUGCCCGACCCAAAUCAACUGCCAGGAGGCGUCCACGUACCAGCUCUGGUUCCUCUACAGCUCCCUCCUCCUCACCUCCCUCGGCGUCGGCGGGAUCAAGCCGUGCGUCAUGACGUUCGCCGCCGACCAGUUCGACCUGAGCCGGGCCGCCGUCAGCGCCCGGGGGUGGAACUUCUUCAACUGGUACUACUUCUGCAUGGGGUUUGCCACGCUGACGGCGUUGACCGUGGUCGUCUACAUUCAGGACAACGUGGGCUGGAACUGGGGUUUGGGGAUCCCGACGAUCGCCAUGGCGUUGUCUAUUUUCGCUUUUGUGUUUGGUUCGCCGCUUUACAACAAGUUGAAGCCCGGAGGGAGCCCGCUUACUAGGUUGACGCAGGUUGUUGUGGCGGCGGUGAAGAAGAGGAAGGUCGUGGCGCCGGAGAAUCCUGAGGUUUUGUACCAGAAUCGGGAGCUUGAUGCGCUCAUUUCGGUGAACGGGAGGCUGCUUCACACGGAUCAGUUCAGGUGCUUGGACAAGGCAGCUAUAGUAACAGAAAACGACUUCAAAUCCACAAGUACUCCAGACCAACAAAAACCAAAACUGUGGCAGCUCAACACCGUCCACCGCGUCGAGGAGCUGAAAUCCAUCCUCCGGGUCCUCCCCAUCUGGGUCUCCGGCAUCCUCCUCGUCGCCGCCUCCUCCCACCUCCACAGCUUCGUCAUCCUCCAAGCCUUCUCCAUGGACCGCCACAUCUUCCCCAAAUCCUCCUUCCAAAUCCCUCCGGCCACCCUCUCCAUCUUCAGCGUCCUCACCAUGAUGCUCGGCCUCGUCCUCUACGAGCGCAUCUUCGUCCCCUUCGCCCGCCGCUUCACCAACAACCCCGCCGGGAUCACCUGCCUCCAGCGCAUGGGCAUCGGCGCCGUCAUCAACAUCGUCGCCACCGUCGUCUCGGCAUUCAUCGAGGCGAAGCGAAAGCACGCGGCGGCUCGCUACGGCUUGCUCGACAGCCCCAAGGCCGUGAUACCGAUGACCGUGUUCUGGCUGAUCCCGCAGUACGUGCUGCAUGGCGUCGCCGAGGUGUUUAACGCCGUGGGGCAUAUCGAGUUCUUGUACGAUCAGUCGCCCGAGAGCAUGAGGAGCACGGCGUCGGCAUUGUACUCGCUGACGUUGUCGUUCGGGAACUAUAUUGGGACCGGGUUGGUGACGCUGGUGCAUAGGUAUACGGGGAAGGACGGGGAGGAGAAUUGGUUGCCGGAUCGGAACUUGAAUCGAGGGAAGUUGGAUUACUAUUACUUGCUGGUGACGGGGAUUCAGGCGGUGAACUUUGUGUAUUUUGUGACGGUGGCGUGGUUGUAUACUUACAAGCCGUUGGAGGAGGAGAAGGAGGAUGGAGAUGGUGGGAGAGAGGAGGGGAUUAAUGGAGGUGGUGAGAAUGGGAAGAAGGGAUGUGAGGAGGAGAAUGGUGAGGUUGAGCUUCCUCGAAGAAACGGAGUUGUGUAG